AUGAGUUAUAAGAGAAGUGCAAGCGAAGGUGUGAGUGGGAGAGAAAUGGAUGUGGGGGAGAAGGAGGAAGAAAUGAAAGGGAUAGAAAUGGGUAAAGCAGGAAAUAUGAAUAGCGUUAGAGAAAAUGUGAACAGCGUUAAAGAAAAUGUGAAUGCUGUGAGAGACAAUAUGAAUACUGCAGAUGGAGAAAAUAUCGACAGUACUGUUAAAGAAAAUAUGGAUAAAGCUAGGGAAAACGCAAACCACCCCCAAAGUAGCCUGAGAAAAAAGAGAGUGGGAAAAGCGUGUGAUUCGUGCCGGCUGAAAAAAACUAAGUGCUCGGGAAAACAGCCGUGCGAAAAAUGCAUCGCAGAUAACAAGAUAUGCAUAUAUACGCAGCGGAAGAAAUCGCGGGAUAAGACAUAUUCGUACGAGUACGUGGAGAUGAUGGAAAAGCGGCUGUGCAUACUGCGCAAGUCGUUGCUGAGGCUCUGCGAGCUUGUUCGGCGGAGCGGCGGUGCGCAGGGCAGCGAGAGCGGCGAGAGCGCCGAUUGCGCACCUGCGGAUGCGGAUGCGCAUGGCGCCAUACAUGAUCUCGAGCGCUUCAGGCAGCGCAUGACCUACGACAAGGACGCAGAGAACGGCCCGUUCUCGAUCAACCAGGUUGUCUCGUUACUGAUAAGCAGCGAGGAGUUGAAGCACGACUUGAAUGAUGAGGACGAGUUUUUCCGGCGCAUCGGCGCUGCGGAGGAGAUGUUUCAAAAGUUGAAAAAGCAGAAAGGGCGCGUGCGCCAUGGAACAAGGCAGAAAUCUCGUGCGGGAAGUUUGCAGACGCACAAGAAAAGGCAGCGCAAGUCGGCUAAGGCGCUUGUGAGCGAUGCGGCGGCAGCGCAGCCAUCGGAGACGUCUGGUAAGACAGAGAAAACAACAAAAACGGGGAAUGCGAUGCCGAUUCCGCGCCCCCGGGCCGCUAGCGACCACGAGCACGAGCGCAGGAUACGCAGGUCCGGCGCGGGGCGCGCGCCGAUCUCUUCGUCUGCGCCCGCAAUCACGUCUUCAAACGUCAGUUUAGCAUUUUCGGGCUCAAACGGCAGCUCUUCUAACUCGUUGUCCGAUUCGGUCAGCUCGCCUUCCCCGGACAGUCUGCUUUCGGAAAGCGCAUUUCCGUAUCAGGCAGUUGGUCCUACAUACAUGCAGCCGCUCCGGCGGAUUCGUGAGGAGGCGGGCGCCGCCAGUAUGGAUGACAUGAUUGAAGGGCGGGGCGCUGGCGCGAGCGCUGGAGCGCCAGGCGCAGGCGUGAUGGAUACCGGCGCAAUUGACGCUGGCGCAGACAUGAUAGACCUCGACUCGUUUGCGCUUCCAGGGUUCAACUCGGGCGCGCAGUUCGCCGCAGCCGCCAUGAACGGGUACUUCAGCGCAGGCGCGGGCGCAGGCAACUCGAGCCGCAGCAGCAAUUCCAGCGGGAUCUCGGACAAUACCGCCGGCAUCGGCGCACCCCGCAGCGCCCUCUCCUCCUCAACCUCCAUCACCUUGAAUGAGCUGGGAGGUGUCACCCCAGCCUCAUCUUUCGAUAAUUUCAAGAUCCCAUCCAGGCUCCCGCAGCACCGCCCGAGGUCUUCCGACCGCUCUUUGACAGAGUUGCCGUCUCCUAGAAGCAAUUCGUCCUCCAAGCUGGAAAAAUCCCUUUUCGGGUCUGCUCCCGGGAUGACGAAUGGGGAAAAUAACGCGAGCUUCUUUGAUUCGCUAGUUUCCACGGACUCGCCGCCCAACAUGCUUCGGAAACUCGCUGAUCCCAGCAUGAGUGGCUCUCAGCAACCCGAGUAUCUUCUUCCGGUGAACCGAGACGAUGAUUUUCUCAGGAUGCAGGAUCGGUCUCGGUCCAUUGGCUCUGAACUUGAUGUUUUGUGA